AUGUCACGCGAGAAAAGUCAAAUGCGACUUGCUCGCGAGAAGAGAAGAGAACAUACCCGAAGACAACCUUAUCGCCGUUCGCCAGACCCAGCCACAUCGGUUUUCCCACUGGAUAGGCGCCCUGAUGUUGCUGCGACGCCGCCUUUAACAAAUGACGCGCUAGAAUCACCCUCAACCGUCGAGCAUAUUGAUGAGAGCGAACACCGCCUUAGUCAAACUCCUCGUCUUACUGCACCUACUGAUGGCGGCUAUAUCGGAGACUGUUCAGUCAUGUCGAACCAUGGCCCCUUGACUUCCGACAGCACUGCUACUCUAGGCUCCUUUUCGACGUCGCUCGAGAUACAGACUGUCAUUGCCACCGGAGCCGAUCAGUUACCCUCGCAAUCAGUACUUGAUGCGUCAAGCGCUGCCUACUUCAAGUACCUGUACCAUCGCAUCCCAAUCAUGGAUCGUCAAGAUAUUACUACUCCCUGCCCGUCAACUCUGCUGUUACAAUCGUUAUGCUUUGUGGGAUCAUUCCUUCGUCAUCCGAAAUCGAUGAAAGACCUUCAAAAACUCGAAGAACACUAUGCUAAAGCUAAGAUACUGUUCUUCCUGAAUCAUGAGAAAGAGCCGCUUACUACGCUCAAAACCUUGUGUUUCUUCACUCUCUGGAAUGUCAAACCCCCAUCGGUGGUUACGAUUGACUGCAGCUGGAAUUGGCUAGGACUCGCAAUGCGCCUCGCAACCCAGAUGGGUCUUCAUCGUGAGUCGACGCACUUCCAGAGAUCCACACCGAGCUGUGCUCGUAGGAUAGCGUGGUAUCUCUAUGCCCAAGACAAGAUGCAGGCCGCCUGCUUUGGCCGGCCCCAGAUGCUUCGGACGCAAGAAUUCAACCUGCGUCCGCUCUCACUAGCGGACUUCAGUGGUUGCGAAAACGAUCAGGCUCACUCAUUCAUUCUCUGGACAGAACUAGCGAAGAUCUAUGCAAGAAUGCUCAGCGCUAAAGAUGCCGAAUUCUCAUCCGCUUCCGAGGAACUGUUGUGUGUUCUUGAAGAUUUAAGGACUUGGGCGUUUAGCACCUCGGCUGUCUUUCGGAUAUGUGAUGAUCAAGGCAAUAAAGUUUAUCACCGCGAAUUUUACGAGUAUCUCGCCUGUUAUCUCACGUGUAUCAUAACAUAUUUUCACAACUUCGGGAAAUACUUCCAGCUUUCAGUUGCGUCCUCCAUCUCGCUUGUGGCUUCCUCGUGCAUCAUUGCACUCUACCAAGAAAUGGAUUACCAUGAUGACAUCAACUAUCUAACUGCUAUUAACAACUGGUCUAUGAUGGCGGCCUCACUUCCGCAGCUCGACAACAUUCCCAGAGAGAAUCGGGGCAUUGAUGCACCAGGGAAUUCUUCAGAUCAUCGACCUUCGUCCUUGGAAGAGCUCGAUACUCUUGUGGAUAUUUUAAGACAGAGGGGCUUUAAAUUCCCGGGCUCAAAAGCCAUCGUCAGCAAAAUUGAGCAUCUAAAACUAGAGGUUCUCUCACAAAACAAUGAUCCCUCAUCAGCUUCAUCUAGCUCUGCACACAGGAAUAUGUCAGAGCCAAACCCCGAACCGCACUUGACAGUGUUGAGGGUCCACGAACUAUUCCCCUUUCCAAAAACGCUAUCUCCAAGGCUAGAGCUACUUGAUGCUAUAGAAGCAGAAGACCUAGUUGACGGAUUUUUUAACAAUUAUGUCGACUGGCCAAUAGCAAAUAUAUUUGGUUUUGACGACAUCGACCUACUAGACUAUGCAUGA